AUGUACCUUAUGUUAAAAUUCUACUGUAUGUAUAUAUGCACGUAUGUGUGUACAUAUAUAGGCAUGAAGUGCAUUCACUCAAUCAUUCAGUCUGGAUAUUUGACUAUCUGCUUCUUCUCAAUUUUUUUUUUCUUGGUAUUAAUGGAAGAACUGAAUUUGCUUUUGUUCGCUUCGGAAAUCAAGAUUGUUAAGAGAGAUUUAAAUCUCAUGGCAAUCUCAAUCUCGAUCAACCAAAAGAGUUGUAUUGCAUGUGAAGAAAUGAAUGACGAUGGCUUGAUGGUAUAUUGCGUAACACUAUUGCUAACAUAUAUAUAUAUUCUUCAUCACCAUAUUAACUACUAUUCUCUAUUACGAGUUUAUUAUUCAUACACAUCUUUAGUCCUUUAUAUGUACAUCAAAAAAUGCAUAGAAAUUUCUUUCCAGUAUACUCUAGAUUCUAAAUUUUUGCUUUACAUAUGUAUGUAUGUGUUUGAACCUGGGCUUGUCCUUCUUAUUACGAAUAAUUUCAAUGAAAAACAGAAAAGAACUAAGAACAUAUCAUACCCGCUCGGUUAUAACAUUACCCUAGUGAGAAUAAUAAUAAUACUAAAAAUAAUAACAAGAUGA